GCCUCUGCCACAGCUGACAGACGACAGUGAGAGUGACUACGACUAGUGAGCUAGUGACAGACAGCCCGGAUAAGGUUAUGUUAUGUUGAUGGUAAACUAACACCAAAAACUGACGUUUUGGCGUUCGUCCGUUACUCGUUUGUUACGGUGUUAAAGUGUUAUACAAUUUGUAUUCUUAUUCUUGUAUUUGUUAAAAUGAAAAGAAGCUAUCAAAGUGGGGCAAAGAAAAGGCAAGACAAGAAGAAAAGAGAAGAGGAUGCUUCAAAGUGUUCUUCCACCCUAUCUGCUUGGUUAUGUCCUACUACUAGUACUACUACAACUAAAAGUACUAAUGUCACAUCUACAUCUAGUACUGAAACUAGACCAAUAAUUGCCUCAGUCCCAGGAAAUGAGAUUGAAGAGGAAGUUACAGCUCAAGAUAACGCUGAAGAAAGUAUUGAUGAAGAAGUAACAUGCCUAGGGCUAGGGCAUCAACAAGAAAAUUGUGCCAAACCUCCAACAAGUCCUACGUCAAGCAGUGAACUGAUCGGCGUAAAUGAUCAAGUAAGUAGACAUGCCAAGUACAGAAUACUUAUAUCAUAUUUUUCAACAUAA